AUGGAGUUGUUUGCCAAACUCAAGAAAUGUGAGUUUUGGUUAGAAGAAGCAUCCUUCUUGAGUCAUGUUGUGAACAAGAACGAACUUAUAGUUGAUCCAGAUAAGGUAAAGGUUGUUGUUGAGUGGGAACAAUCGGCGAAUGUUCGGGAGAUCCGUAGUUUCUUGGGUAUAGCUGGUUACUAUCGGAGAUUCAUUGAGGGUUUUUUUGCAUUGUCAGGGCCACUGACCGCUCUCACAAGAAAGAAUGCCCAAUAUGAAUGGAGCGAGGAAUGUGAAGCUAGUUUCCAUGAGCUAAAGAGAAGGCUUGUGAUUGCACCAGUGCUUACACUACCCAUGAAAUUUGUUGGGUAUGUGGUUUAUACAGAUGCAUCACGUAAAGGGCUGUGA